CUUUACACACUAACUGGACUACAACCGAGCUACAAGUCACUGUCAAAGUCACCGGACCAACGACAAGACCCCUGGGGUUGAGGUUUGAAGAUGGUGGACCGGCUUGCGAACAGCGAGGCCAACUCAAAGCGCAUCGCCGUGGUGGAGAGCUGCUUUGGCGCGGCCGGCCAACCUCUCGCCAUCCCCGGCCGCGUCCUGAUCGGCGAGGGCGUCCUCACCAAACUCUGCCGCAAGAAACCCAAAGCUCGCCAGUUCUUCCUCUUCAACGACAUCCUGGUGUACGGCAACAUCGUGAUCCAGAAGAAGAAGUACAACAAGCAGCACAUCAUCCCGUUGGAGAGCGUCACCAUCGACACCGUCCCCGAUGAAGGCGACCUGCGGAACGGCUGGCUCAUCAAAACGCCGACCAAAUCCUUCGCCGUCUACGCCGCCACCGCCACCGAGAAGUCCGAGUGGAUGAAUCACAUCGGGAAGUGCGUCGGCGAUCUGCUGCAGAAGAGCGGGAAGGCUCCGACGGGAGAGCACGCCGCCGUCUGGGUGCCCGACUCGGAGGCGACGGUGUGCAUGCGCUGCCAGAAGGUGAAGUUCACACCGGUCAGCCGCCGCCAUCACUGCAGGAAGUGCGGCUUCGUGGUCUGCGGUCCGUGCUCGGAGAAGAAGUUCCUGCUGCCCAGCCAGUCGUCCAAGCCGGUGAGAGUCUGCGAGUUCUGCUUCGUGCAGCUGACGUCGGGGAGCCUGGCGCCGAGGUCGGACUCCAUCGGGAGCCGGCCGGGGUCGAAGUUCAACAAUCUGUCGGACGACGAGGAUGAGGACGACAGCAGCGACUGA